GAGGUCGCUUUCUAUUUAGAGUUGAUAGUACAGUUAACCGAGAGGAGAAAAACUUUACUGAUGUAGCACCAACAGGAAUCUUGCACGUUUGACGUGCAGAGAAUGACAAGUAGAAAUGGAGACGAUGUGUUUUGAAAACGACGCCCACAUGGGUCGAGUUCUGGUUGAGAUGAAAUCCAUGUUUGAUGAUCGACAGUUGAUAGAUGUUGAUAUAUGUGUUCAAGAAAUCCGUAUUCCGUGCCAUCGCAAUGUCUUGGCGGCAACUAGUCCAUAUUUUAAGGCCAUGUUUACUUCAAGUAUGCACGAAAGUUCCCAGCGCCACAUCUUCUUACACGAAGUAGACGCAAAAUCAGUUGCUCAAAUCAUUAAUUACGCUUACACGGGAGAAUUACAAAUAACACGAGCAAACGCUCAAAACCUGUUAGCAGCCGCCUCAUUAUUUCAGAUCAUUCCGGUUCAACAAGCCUCUGCCAAAUUCAUGGAACAACAGCUUGAUUCCAUGAACUGUAUUGGAAUCCAGACGUUCGCCCAGAUUCAUAAUUGUGAAGAAUUAAAACAAAAGGCGCGUGAAUACACAGAAAAACAUUUCCCAGAUGUGGCAAAACUCGAAGAAUUUAAAUCAUUACCUUUAGAUAGAGUGAUAGAAAUAGUUUCCUCAGAUGAAUUAAACGUAGAGAAGGAGGACAUAGUGUAUGAAGCCAUUAUGGUCUGGAUAAACCAUGACAUAAAACUACGUCGGAAAUAUAUCGGGGAUCUCCUUCCACACGUCCGCCUAGUUUUACUGAGUAUGAAAUAUAUCAAGGACAACAUCGCCCAGAACUAUAUGGUACAGCAAUGUGAGCGCUGUAUUGCCCUACUUAAUGCCAUGCAGGAUUUCGAAGAUAAUCCGGAGACCUACACCGGUGAUUAUAACUUUGCUCUGUCAUUACGGUCAGGAAUGAUACAGCCUGAAUAUUGUAUUUUAUUAAUCGGCGGACUCGACCAAAACAAACCGUCAAUAAACUGUUAUAAUCCGUUAACGCGUGAAGCGUAUAUCAUGGAAACUUUUCCCGAGACGCGGGAACGAAGCGGGUAUUAUUGUGUUGAAGACCCCGCUGUUAUAGUAACGGAAGAUAAUAAUAUAUACACUGCCGGUGGGAAUUAUAUUUAUCAUGAAAAUUACGGCGAGGCUGCGUCUGACGAGGAUUCGUUCGAUGAUUUUGAAGAAGAAACCGUACGUAAAGAUUUUUAUCAAUAUGACAAUGAUCAUAAUAAAUGGGUAAAUCGUGCUCCCAUGCUGUUUCCAAAAUCCAAUUUUUCUCUUGCCUUCCACGAAGGAAAAAUAUACAGUCUAGGUGGCCUGACUGUCAACCAGCAUCCCACAGAGAUUGUCGAGUGUUACGAUAUCGCGAAAAAUCGGUGGAACUAUGUGGGUAUGAUGCCAACGACAUUAGUGGAUUUAUCGACUGUAGUGUAUCGCGGUGAAAUAUAUCUGUUAGGUGGACGGACAGGAGUCGGAGCUCAUAAUACCGUCAUGAAAUUUGACCCCAAAAAGACAGAGUGGAGUACGUUAGCAGGAAUGUUAACUCCACGUUUUAAUUUUGGUGCAUGUACAGUUGACGAUGAGAUACUCGUCGCAGGUGGCCAAAUCUACGCUCAGUUAACACAUACGAUAAAUCGCGAGGCACUGAAGUCUGUGGAAAUCUAUAAUAUUGCGGAGAAUCAAUGGAGACAAGGACCGGAGUUACCUGAGGAGAUUUAUAACGUGGGUUUGAUGAUUAUGAACGGAACAAUUUACGCAUGUGGAACAACGGAAUAUCAGCGUUCACCAUUUAGGAUUUAUCGUUAUAAUAUAGUGUGUCGUUUGGACCGUGUCAAAAAUAUUUGGGAACAGAUCGAGUCAGACUUGUGUGAUAUACGUAGUUAUGGAUGUGUCGCAGCAAAACUCCACACUCGGCGACUGUCACAAGUUUUCCGGCCGGAUGUGGAUACUUGACCCUUGACCUAUGCAUUCCAUAUUUUCCCAGCAUGCAUCUAGAUAUCAUUUUCCACUGCUAUCACUUCCUAUUUGAAUAUAUCUGCCAAAAUAACAUCCCAUUUUUCUAGUCUCUGUCCUACGGUCAUCUAGUCCAACAGGAUGCUGAUGUAAAGGGAGGUAACCUGCAUACAAUAAAUUUACACGGCUCACUGACUUCAGGGAAGGUAACCUGUAUUUAUAAAAUUUACAUGGCUCAUUGACUUCAGGGGAGGUACAUUUAUAAAUUUUACACAGGUCAACUUCAGCUCAUUGGCUUCAUCAAAUUGAAUUGAAUGUUCUAUAUAUGUAUGCAUAUAUGUAUUUAAUCAAAUUAGUUCUGCCUCUAAUUAUUUUAAGGGGAGCUAACUCUUAAUGUACACAUAGAUCUUUAGUUUACUGAAACGUUAUAAUUCCAGGUUUUAGAAUCGAGAACAGAAGUAAAAAAGAAAAAAUAAAUUUAUCUUAUUACAAAUUUUAAUGAAUGUCAAAUAUUUUUUACAAAUACACUACCAUCAGUACUGAAGAGUUAAUCCAAGUUCAUAAAUACAAAGGAUAAAAUAGGACUUCACUAUGGCAACAUACAUGUACCAAAGUAACUGGUGUUGCCACGCCAAAGUUGUAUCAGGUGUUUCAAAGAAAAAAGGUACAUGUAAGUUCCUAUGACAGAGACUACAUGAUGUACAUGUCUCCAUUUAACAUCACCUUAUAUAUGUACAUUGUACCAGUUGAAACACUGUAAUAAUUACAAUUAUUCAUUAUUUUGUACCGGGGAUCUUAUUUUAUUCAUUGUUACUGGUCAUUAUUGACUGGUAGGAAGUACUAUUUCUGACUGAAUGGAUUUCAAACUGACAGGAAGUACUGGUCCUGAUUGACUGGAUGUUAAACUGACCAGAAGUGCUUGUUCUAACAGGAUUUUAAUCUGGUUCUUACGGACUAGAAUCCAAACUGACAGGAAGUAUUGGUUCAAAUUGACUGGAUUUCAAAAUAAAAGAAAGUACUGGUCCGGACUGAUUAGAUUUCAAACUGACAGGAAGUGUUGAUGCUGUCUGGAUUUUAAACUGGUUCUAAUUGACUGGAUUUUAAACUGACAGUAAGUAAUAGUUCUGACUGAAUGCAAACUGACGGGAACUACUAAUUCUUACUGACUGGAUUCAAACUAACAGGAGUUACUGGUCCUGAUUGACUGGCUUUCAAACUGACACGAAGUAACAAGCAUGUCCAAGUUGAUUUCAAACUGACACGAAGUAGUGUACUGUUCCUGACUGACUGAAUUUCAAACUGACAGUAAGUGUUGGUUGAGUUGAUUUCAAACUGACACCAAGUACUGAUCCUGACUUGAGUUGAUUUCAAACUGACAUGAAGUAUUGGUCUUGAUUUGAGUUGAUUUCAAACUGACCAUACUGGUCUUACUAACUGGAUUUCAAACUGUCCUGAAGGCAAACUUAAACACAUUUGUGCUACUUAGUGCCACUACAUUUUACGACAAUAAGCAACCAAAUAUAUAGACGUAGCCGAACAGUACCGAAUAACUUGCAUAAACACUGUGAUACAUGUAGAUUUAGCACAUGGUGGAAAUUUGUUGUGUAAUAUAACUACCUGUACAUGUACCUGGGCACUUAACAAAAUCAUUCCAAAUGAGUUGUGCUUAUUUGACAAAAUCAAACAAAUUUGUUACCUAUAUUAAUGUGCCGAAAAAAAUUGGCAGGUGGGUACUUAUUGAAGAUGGGGAUUGGGUGAUCUAGUGCUUUAAUAUGUUUGAAUGUGACAAGGAGUAGGGUUGCUUGUCCAACCUCUUGUUUCUUCACACUGCUAAAGACUCCUAUGUUAACCAUAUGUUAGUCCCAAAAUGACCUAGUUUGUGUCGGAGAUGGACAUGAUUUAAGUAUGUGUACAUUUAACUUAAAAACAUAUCAUUUGUUCAUUUUGUGUGCAGGGAGGGGAUUGGUUUAAAGUCGUGUGUGAUCAAUUAAUUACAAUUUCUCAGUUAUUUAAUAGGGUCCAUUAUACAGGCCAUAAUAACCUAAAGGUACAUGUAGUGUUGAGUGGACCUUAAAUAAAUGUUGCCAUUUUUAUACUGUUUACUUUCUAGUAAACAAUAUCCACAAAACAAUGACUGACUGGUAGGAUGUUUGACAAUGACUGACUGGUAGGAUGUUGAAUAAUGACUGACUGGUAGGAGCAGCUGUUAGCUGGAGCACUCAGUGCUAUACAAAUUUAUUAUUAUUAUUAUUAUUAUUAAAUAAUGACUGACUGGUAGGAUGUUGAAUAAUGACUGAUUGGCAGGAUGUUUGACAAUGACUUAGUGGUAGGAUAUUGAAUAAUGACUGACUGGUAGAUGUUUGACAAUGACUUACUGGUAGGAUAUUGAAUAAUGACUGACUGGUAGGUUGUUGAAUAAUGACUGACAAGAUGUUUGACAAUGACUUGCUGGCAGGAUGUUGAAUAAUGACUGGUAGGAUGUUUGACAACAUGAAUUACUGAAUGGUAGGGUGUUUGACAGUGACUUACAUAUGUACUGGACCAACAAGUAGGGUGUUAAAUAGUAGACAACUGGUAAGAUAUUUGAAAACUUGAAUUACUGACUGGUAGGAUAUUUGAAAACAUGACUUACUGACUGGUAGGACAUUUGAAAACAUGAAUGACUGACUGGUAGGAUAUUGAAUGAUCUGACUGGUAGGAUGAUGGACCAACUAGUAAAAUGUUGGACAAUGAUGUUGACAUUACGAGCUCUCACCCUGUUUUCUACCAAACAAAACCAUGAUGUUGAUUGAUAUACCAAGUAUUUGUUUAUGUUUUUUUUUAAGUUUGAAAUAUUUAAAAUAUUCCUUUUUUCUUUAUUCUUUUAUUAAGUAUAAAAAAUGAUUUAUUAUGUUAUUUUAUACACUUGUAAUUUAUUCUUUGUUUUGUUAAAAUGUAAAAUAAUAUAUCUUUUUAUUAUUAUUAUUAUCAUUAUAUUUAUUAUGUUGUUAUUUAACUUCACUGUAUUAAAGAUAUCAUUAAAUGAUAUA